AUGGCUGAAACUGAUUUUGUGGUUGUGACUCUGAGCAUUCUUUCAAUUCUCAUCGUUUUAUCGAACCUUUGCGUUUGCCUCUUGGUUUAUUUCAAGAAAGAUCUUCGAAGCAACACGAACUGGCUAAUGGUGUCACUCGCUGUAUCGGACAUAUUAACAGGAGGAGUUUUGCUGCCUGUCUAUCUCAUCAAGCCAUUUUCGAUUGUAACAGGGUAUUUAGUGUGCAUGAUAUUACUCUCGGGCGUUGCAAACCUAUGCACUGUGACCUAUGAUCGAUAUGUUGCCAUAAUGAAGCCACUGGAACACUCAUAUCGGGCGCCUACGAAACUCAAAAUGGGUCUCGCACUCUCAUGGGUACUUCCAGCAAUUUACUCCUUACUUCCUCUGUUUUGGGAAACUGAUCCUACCCGUAAAAUACAUAGGGCAUACAUGGUCUGCAUGAUGUUUUUCGGCAUCAUCCUGCCUUACAUCUUUAUUACGUUUGCCUAUGUGCGAAUGUUUAAGCAAGUUCGCCGAAGCCUGUCAUUGAAGAAGAAUUUGGAUUCUCUUAGAGUGCACAAAAACGAACGAAAACGGUUACAUUCGGAAGCCAAAGUAGCCAAAGUGUUUUCCAUAGUUGCUUCAGCUUUUCUACUCUUUUGGCUGCCAAUCGUCUACAUAACAACUGCAGACAUUAUCUUCAAUAGACCAAACAUCAUCCCAUAUGCACUGUCCAUUAUUUCCUUUUUCACCAUAGCAACCAGUUCACUGGUAAAUCCGCUUAUGUACGCUUUUCUGAAACCAGAUUUCAAGAAAGCCAUUAAGACUUGCCUUCGUGAUUGUACCCGGAAAGAAACAGCAUCCACCAUUCGCAAUCUUCCGUUGGCCGCUUUAACCAUUGGAGGGCCGGAAAGGAUGUACGAAACCAAAUUACAUCAUAAAAAGUCAGAAAAGACCGAGGAAUUAUUAUCCAAAGAGAAUAUUGACUCUGAGGAAAAGUCUUCCCAAAGUUCAGCUCAUUGUUAA